GUUUCCUAAUCCUAACACAAGCAAGAUUAAAGAGUUGGUUUUGUUGACCAUGUCUGAUUAGUCUCUUGAUCAUGUUGGAAUAAUUCAAUUGUUCUGUUUAUGUCCGAUUAAAUAAAUACAAAUGUUUGCUGUCUCGUAAAUUGUUUGUUAGUCCAAAAUAAUGCAAUGGUUUGUUCCGGGACGACGCCAAGAUCAGACAGUUUUGAGCUCUGUUGCUACACCUAACCAGUCUUUGUCUGCAAUAAAUACAACUACGUACUAGCUCCCUCGGUCUAUUUUUAUAAAAUGUAUGCAUCAAACUGUUAUUAACCUUAACAUAAUGUUUGCAAAUAUAUAAACCGUAUGUGUAAGAAGAACUAAGAAGUUUUCCUCGUGCAUGUGACUCAUCUCAUUCUCACGUGAUUCUCGACCAUUUGCCCAAUACCCCUUUUGUUUUCGAAAGUCCCAUGAACUUCGUAAAUGUGAGCAAGGCCUAGUAUUAUUAUGUGUGUGGACAAGCUUGUUGCUCUUUUGCUUUGACGCCUUGUGACUGUCACGUGUCCUUUUCGGAAAUUUUACAAGUUGUUUCAUAGGCUGCUUAAACAAGAUCCAUGUAAUUAACUUUUAUUAUGAUAAUUUUCUUUCCGAAAUGUAACAUUCGAAUAUUCUGCAACAAAUAGCCUCGUUAAUUUAUACUAAGCUGGAAUAUAUCCAGUAUACGUACUACGGGAAACUAUAUCUUCAAAUGAAAAAUAUAUAGAAAUAGAUCUCUUUAUCAACAUGGGAGUUUCCAUAGAGAAAAUAUUGUAAUGAGAUGGCAUAAUAAUUAGUUGUGGUAGGCAACUAAUCAUUGUUUCCAACUUUCCAUAGACAGGAGACAAAACAUUUUGAAGAUAAUAGAAUUCACUAAAGGUUAAGAAACUUUUAUGUAUUGUGCUAUCAUUAUUGGUUGAAUGUCCACACAAGAUUAUACUAAUAAUUUUAUUUUUGAAAAAAAGCCAAACAAUUAAAGAGCAUUAAAAUAUUUUAAAAGUUGUCUAUAUAAAUAGGAUCAUAAUCAGUGUCAGUGUAUCUCUCCCUCCCAGAUCAAAUAUUCUAUCGAUCGCUUCACUUUCCUGAUUUAAAUUUCCGAGGGAUCGUAUAAUCUCAAUCUUCACCGUAUUCAAUUUCUCAAACUCAGAUCAAAGAGACAGAGCAAAGCAUUUAUACCUUCGCUGUUUCACGGAAACAUAACAAACAAAACGAUUCAAACAACUACAAAACAAAAAAACAUGACGAAACCGUUUGUGUUCCAUGGUGUGGAGGCGGAGAAAGCAGAAGCGAUGAGGAGAUACAACAACCAAAAAUGCUUCCGGAACAUUAUACGAGCAUGCGCCGUCGCUUUACUGUUUUACUUGUGGUUUCCGACAGUGACGGUUUCACUGUUAGCUGUCGGCGACUGGUUUUACCGAACCGGAGCGGUUAUUGUAACCAAUCGUACCGUUGUCUUCGUCUCCGCAAACUUACUCGUCGCUUUGGUUUUCAUUCUAUCUCGCGAUCGCGACGACGAGAGUAGUUCCAAACCAGAUCUAUACGAUCAGUACACCUCCUCCUCCUCCUCCGCCGUUAUCGUAACCGCCGCCGAUGAAAAAGUGGUUGACGAUGGUGGUUCGAAAAAUCAAACCGUUGCGGCGUUGGUCGAGGAGGUGAUUGCGGAGAAGCAAACCGUUGCGGCGUUGGUCGAGGAGGUGAUUGCGGAGAAGCAAACCGUUGCGGCGUUGGUCGAGGAGAUAGUUGCGGAGAAGCAAACCGUUGCGGUGUUGGUCGAGGAAGUAGUUGCGGAGAAGCAAAUCGUUCCGGCGUUUAUUGAGGAGAAGGUGGCUGUGGAGGCGGUCACAACAGAGUUAAAGAGAACCUAUAGGAGGACGAAGUCGGAGAGGAAGAAGAAGGUUAACCGGCCGGUGACGGAGUUUCGAAGGACAGAGUCGGCGAACUCAGGGAUAGAGAGAUUGAGCGGCGAGGAGUUUCGUUUGAAGGUAGAGGCAUUUAUAAUGGAGAAGAAGAGAUGUCUUGUUCAGGAAGAAAACGACGUCGUUGCAUGUGGACUUGAGCUCGUUGGUGCUGCUGACUAUGGAUCGUACUAAGAUGUGCAGAAAUGUGAUAAUCUCAAAUUAUAUUAUCUACUUUUGGAUUAGUUUUAGGAGCGCUCUUCAAAAGUAGACGCAAAAUCAUUGGCUAUAUUUUCAUUGCUGAUGAUUAUGUGUUGUUACGGUGAAGCGAGAUUAGCUGAUUUUCUUUGUUACAAAACUUAUUUGAAUAAAAUAUCAUUCGGACGGUUUGUCGUAUCAAA